GCGAAGGGCAGGCCAGUGCGCCGCAGACGCGCGGACGGGGGCUGGCUCCCUCCUUCCAACGCUCAAACAAAUAAAAAAACCCCAAGAACAAGAAACAGGAGUGACUUGCACAAUAAUUGUUGAGUGGCAAAUCAAAUAAUGCUCUUUGGAAAAGUUUCCCAGCAGUUGUGUGGCAUAAAGAAACUCCCAUGGUCAUGUGAUUCCAGAUACUUCUGGGGCUGGUUGAAUGCAGUGUUUAAUAAGGUGGAUUAUGAUCGCAUCAGGGAUGUUGGCCCUGACAGGGCAGCAUCCGAGUGGUUGCUGCGCUGUGGGGCCAUGGUGCGCUACCAUGGCCAGGAGAGGUGGCAGACGGAUUACAACCACCUUCCAACAGGCCCUCUGGACAAAUACAAGAUUCAGGCGAUCGACGCCAGCAACUCUUGUAUCAUGAGCAUUGGAUUUGAUCACUUGGUGGGCCUACAGCAUGUUGAAAAAAUAAGGCUGUGCAAGUGUCAUUAUAUCGAGGAUGACUGUUUGCUGAGACUUGGUCAACUUGAAAAUUUACAAAAAAGCAUAUUGGAAAUGGAAAUAAUAUCCUGUGGGAAUAUCACAGACAAAGGCAUCAUUGCUUUGCGUCAUUUAAGAAACCUCAAAUAUUUGUUGUUAAGUGAUCUUCCCGGAGUAAGAGAAAAAGAAAAUCUUAUCCAAGUCUUUGAGACAGCACUGCCCUCUCUGGAACUAAAAUUACAAUUGAAGUAAAAUAAUGUGUCUUAUUUCAGUAUAAAGGAUCAUUUGAAACUGUUGAUUCUAAACAUCAACUAAUAUUAUAUAGUCAUCAGUAGAAUUAUAAGGAUGCCAUAUCAUGACAUUUUAGAAGUGGAGAGUGCAUCAUAUUUAGAAAAUGAAUAUUCAGACGUGACUCACUAAUGUUACUAAGUUGGAAGUGAGAAUUUAUGUACAUUAAUUCAUUUUAAGAAAAGUGCAGCCGGGCGCGGUGGCUCAUGCCCAUAAUCCCAGCACUUUGAGAGGCCAAAGUGGGCAGAUCACCUGAGGUCAGGAGUUCGAGACCAACCAUGGCCAACAUGGUGAAACCCCGUCUCUACUAAAAAUACAAAAUUAGCUGGGUGUGGUGGUCCACGUUUGUAAUCCCAGCUACUCUGGAGGCUGAGGCAGGAUAAUUACUUGACUUGGGAGGUGGAGGUUGCAGUGACCCGCAAUUGCGCCACUGCACUCUAUCCUGGGCGACAGAGCGAGACUCUGUCUCAAAAAAAAAAAAAAAGAAAAAAGAAAAAGAAAAAUGCAAAGUAGGUAACAUUUUAAUUCUAAUAUAUUCAUUUAAUAUGUAAAUCUAUAGAUAUCUCUUGAUGUAGAUAUUUAUUUAGAAUCCUUUAAAGUUAUUUGUACAACAGAUGUUUUUAUUAGUAAUUUACAUUAAAUUUAACUUUAAAGUUAGUGAAGCAUACUACCAUAAAUGCACAAUUAUGAAAAAUUAGAAGCUAAAUUACAGAUUCAUUGAUGGCGUCAAUUAUGCAUAGUGGUCAAUGGUUGUUGAAGCAUGCAUUUCAUAUUGCUUCCCCGGAUUUGCAUGCAUUUCCCAUGAUCCUGCAUUCUGGUGUUCUUGAUAGCAUACAGACUUUCUCAGAAUCAACAGUUGCUGCUUAAUUUGUCUAUUUUGUAAGCUUAGGCUACUAUUUUAUUAAAACUGGACAGAUACUUGGCUGAAUACAAAUAGUUUUGCAGAUUGCAAUAUAAUAAAGGAAACAAUAAUAAAAACCAGUAGGCUAUGCUUAGGUUUUUCUUAAAACUUAAAACUGCUUUAGGCUGGGUGCCGUGGCUCAUGCCUGUAAUCCCAGUGCUUUGGGAGGCUGAGGUGGGAGGAUCACUUGAGACCAGGAGUUUGAGACCAAUUUGGGCAACACAGAGAGACCCCAUCUCUAUAAAAAAUUUUAAAAAUUAGCCAGGCGUGGUGGUGUACACCUGUAAUCUCAGAUACUUGGGAGGUUGAGGUGGUAGGAUCGCUUGAGCUCAGGAGUUUGAGGCUGCAGUAAGCUAUGAUCACGGCCACUGAACACCAGCGUGGUAGCCUGGGUGAAAGACAGAGACCCUGUCUCUU